GCAUUAGUUAAUUGGAUCCGUUGUGUUAUAAAAGGGAAACAAGAGUUGGUUAUUAAUUCAAACCACAACACAAAAGCCAAUUAAUCUCAUAUCCUCCUCUUUUCAAAUUAUAAAAAUGUCUAAACUUAUCUUUCGUGAAUACAUUGGUGUUAAGCCAUCCUCAACAAGUUUACGUGAUUUUCCAAGUGAUAUCAUCAACUCAAAUAGAUUUGAAUUCCAAUUCAUUUUGGGCUUUGCAAGUGAGGAGUAUGACCGAGAUGGAAAGGGCAACGGAAAUUUCAAAGAAACUUGGGAUGUGGAAUACUUCGGUCCAGAUAAAGUGAAAGAGUUCAAGAAAAAUAAUCCAAAAGUAAAGGUGGUGAUAAGCAUCGGAGGUCGUGCUGUUGAAACUCCAUUCCUUCCUGCUGAGGAAACUGUAUGGACUAGGCAGGCUGUAAAUUCACUCAAAGUGCUCAUCGGAAAAUACAACAGUGAAAGCGGCAACAUAAUUGAUGGCAUUGACAUUAAUUAUGAAACUAUCAAAACUAGUAAUGAGCUAUUUGUUAACUGCAUAGGCGAAGUUAUAACAAAACUCAAGAAUGAUGAUGACCUGAAUAUUGAUGUGGUGUCCAUUGCUCCAUCUGAGAAAAACGAACUUCACUACCGUGAUUUGUUCUAUGCAAACAGUGCCAAUAUCAAUUGGAUUGAUUAUCAGUUCUACAAUCAAAAAAAUUAUGUAUCCAGAGUUAAGGACUUUCUAGGGAUCUUUGACAAUCUAAUAAAAGGCUACCCUCCUCAAAAAGUUCUUCCCGGAAUUAGUACCGACCCGAAUGACAAUAAGGAUAGUAAGAUAUCACGAGAGACUUUUAUUGCUGGCUGCAUACAACUCAAAAAACACUCAAAACUCAAUGGUGUUUUUCUUUGGAACGCUAAUGACUCCGCACAUCCCCCUCCUGGUCAGCACGAACCUUAUGUAGUAGAGCAUAGCUUGCAAGACAUUCUCACUACACCAAUUGAGAAGUUACUCGAUCGCUAGCUAUAUCUAAGCCAGCAAUUAAUCUUUCAUAUUAUAGGUCAAGCAUUACAGACUAUAAUAUAGAGCUAGAUCCUACGUUCUAUGCUCUAUAAGUUUUAGUCUUUUAGAUAUGUUAAAUAAGACCUAUGUGUGCUACUUAUUUCAUGUGUGUUUAUGUAUUAUGUUGCGAGUGUGGAGAAUUUUACUUCUCUUAUAUUAAUUUAUGUGCCUGUAAUACAACUUAAUAGCUACAACUAUGAACUUCUCAACAUGCUUAUUACUUUCCACCUUCUCAAUUACUCCAUAUUAAUCCACUCACAAAUGUUGUUCCAUACAGAGAUAGAAAAAGGCAAGAAAACAUAAGAUGUUGCAAAUUUUCCUUUUAUUCAAAAUAGAAAACAAAGACAAGAUCAUGUUUGGAAUUAAUCACGCCCCUAUUUGCGAAUUCACUUCUAGUUGAUAGCUUUCCAACAAAAAAAUGCACCUUUGAAGGCAUUUUAUAGCUUUCCAUAUUCUAUGCAACAAUUUAUGAUCCUUUGAGUCUAAGUUGCCCGAGUCUUCAUUAUGAACUAACCAUCUGUAGCAGCACUUCACAGAAAAAAUUAUGGUUUCUUCUUCUAACAAAAACAACAUGAUUGUCAUAUAAACAAUUUCUUCUGCGCUACUCAUCU